AUGCAGGAUCUGGUUCGAGGGACGCUGGCGGAGGUCUCGAAGUUGGAACUCCAAGAGAUGGGCCAGCUGGUGCGCGCGUUCAAGCUGAAGGUCCACAAGCCGCAGGAGGGCGUGCAGAAGAUGGCGCACUUCACGUGGGCCCUCGACCAUUCGCACUGUGCCGCCGACGACCUGAACGCGACCAUCCACUCCCUCUUCAAGAAUGCAGGCGGCACGAGGUUGACGGGCGCAGCUCCGCGGGGCCCUCUGGAGAGGGAAAUCAGCCGCCUGCUGCAGGGCAAGGGCAAGGGCAAGGAAAAGGCGUAG